UCGUCUGAGAUGUAAUGGUUAUCGAGACAACCUUUAAUUAUUUUUAGACUGUAUUUUCCUGUUUAAACAUCACAAACUUUAGUUUCUCUCUAUUAUAACCGUAUCCAAAUGUGUGUUGCAUUUUCACUCACUGAAACUUGGGUAUGCGCCUUUAAUAAUGUUCUGAUUAAGAAAUUUAAAUUAUAACACCUUUAAACAACUUUUUUUUUUUUUUUUUUUUUUUUUUUUUUUUUUUUUUAAAGUUAUGAGCAGUCAACAGACGUGUUCUGAUCGUGCAACACGCUUGGCGAAAGUUCUCUGUUAUGAGGACCUACACGUCACAGAGAUGGACCUGUACAGUGUCAGCAGAAUAGCGUUCGACGAAUGUGCCUCUGUCUGCGCGGAUGACCUCACUUGCAGGGCUUUCGUAGCCGACAACCGCCAAGGAACGUGCGCGUUGUUUCGUGAUAAAUCCGUGACAAACAGUUCCAACAGCGAUGACCUCACAAGACAGAUAUACUUUCUGAAGUACGAAAGUCAAGGUUUCUGCGUCACGGCACCGGAACUAGAAUGCUACCGCUUAGUAAACGGAAAAGCGGCGUACACCGGAAGAAGAAUGACGACAACUUCGGGGAUCACGUGUCAGAGGUUUGACCAGCAGACGCCUCAUGGACAUAGCCGAACAAAUCCAGCUGCCUUCUCUGUGACGUCACUCUCUGAGUUGGAAAAUUUCUGUCGAGAUCCGGAUUGGAAUGGCACUCCCUGGUGCUACACAGUUGAUCCCAGUAUCAGAUUUUUAUCAUGUGGGAUUCCGCUUUGCAUAUAAAACGUUUGUUUUGUUUAAUGAUACCACUAGAGCACAUUGAUUUAUUAAUCAUCGGCUAUUGGAUGUCAAACAUAUGGUC